CUCCGACAGAGUCAUAUACUCAUUUUUAUAAAUAGUUUCUUCACAAAUUGAGACACCUUUAAGAUGUUUUGGAUCCUUGCAGCAAUACUUGCAGCAACUCUAAUAUACCUCUGUUUUAUAAAACCUCUUUACCACUGGAGGGAACGAUGUGUGCUACAAAAAGGAUUUUUCGAAGCCUUUACCUUUUCUUGGUUUUUUUUAUUCCGGCGAUUUACAUUGACGGAAAAUGUAAUUAACCUCUACAAGAGCUUUCCUGGAACCAGAUACUAUGGCUUAUAUCAGUUCAAUGUUCCCUCUUUACUAAUUACAGAUGUCGAUUUGCUCAAGCAAAUGGUAAUAAAGGAUUUCGAACAUUUUAAUGAACACCGUGGUUUUGCUAGAGAGGAUGUCGAUCCUCUGUGGGCGAAGAAUCUAUUUUCUCUAACAGGCAGCAAAUGGAGAAACAUGAGAUCCACACUUAGCCCCUCUUUCACUAGCAGUAAGAUGAAAGGAAUGUUUGUUUUAAUGAAAGCCAACGCUGAAAGAUUAGUCAAUUUUUAUCUCAAUCAAAAUAAAGAGAUUGUCCCAGUGGAAUUGAAAGGAGUAACUUCACGGUACGGUAAUGAUGUAAUAGCGUCUACAGCAUUUGGAGUUGAAGUGGAUUCCUUGACCAAUCCAAACAACGAAUUCUGUGUUAAUGGAAAGAAUCUCACCUCAUUUGGUAGUCUUAAAGGAAUGUUUAGAUUUCUUUUUAGCACAUUUUUACCAAGCGUAUCCAAGCUUCUUAAUAUAAGACUUGUUAAAGAAGAAAUAGGUGACUUCUUUACCAACAUUAUUGAAGAUUCUAUUAAAAUGAGAGAAGAAAAAGGAUUAGUAAGGCCCGAUAUGAUUCAGUUAAUGUUGGAUACACGAAAAGGUAGCCCAAAAGUUGAGGAAAGUACAACUACAGCUGAUACUGGAUAUGCUAUUGUUGAAGAACAUCUAAAAUCUGAAAUAAGAACUGACAUCACCAACGAAGACAUCGUUGCUCAAGCUCUUGUGUUCUUCUUUGCUGGUUUCGAUUCCAGUUCUAAUUUAAUGACCUUCUUGGGAUAUGAAUUAUGUGUCAAUCUAGAUAUCCAAGACAGGCUUAGAGAAGAAAUUAAAGAAACUUUGGAAAACUGUAAUGGAAAAUUAACCUAUGAAUCUCUUGUAAACAUGAAGUACAUGGAUAUGGUUGUGUCAGAGACUUUAAGAAAAUGGCCAGCUAUGCCAACAUUGGAGAGAUGCUGCUCUAAACCAUAUACUAUAAAACCCGUUUUACCUGAAGAAAAGCCAGUUCAACUGAUACCUGGCGACGUCAUACAUCUAGUCAUCUACGCAAUCCAUCACGAUCCUGAGCUGUUUCCAGAUCCUGAAACUUUCGAUCCUGAGAGGUUCAAUGAAGAAAACAAAGGCAAUAUCAAACCUUAUUCUUAUAUGCCAUUUGGUUUGGGGCCUAGAAAUUGUAUCGGCUUAAGAUUUGCGCUCCUCGAAACGAAAAUUUUGUUUUUCUAUAUUUUGAAGUAUUUUAAAAUAGUUCCUGUUGCGGAAACUGAUAUACCGAUUAAGUUGGACAAAAGUAUAUUUAAUCUAGUACCAAAAAAAGGUAUUAAUGUGGGAUUUGAACGUAUCAAAUCAUAAUAUAUUUCAUAUAGGCUAAAAUACUAAAAAGUCUUGAAAUCUUUAUGAUGAGCGGAAUUCAUUUUUCAUUAGUUUGUCUAUAUCUUUUGAUUGAAUUUAGAAAAUGUUAUUUAUUAAUAAAGGUUAGCUGUGUGUUUUUUGUAUACAUAUUUUUAUUGUAUGUAUUAAACUAUGUUAAAGAAAAAGUUGUCACAUUUGGAUUUAUUAAAAAAAAUGAAAAGCAA